AUGAAGCUUCUCUCUGCGCUCGUCACCUUCGUCGCCAUCACUAGAGUCGUUAAUGCCGGAAAUCAGAUUCCUGCUUCGAGGUCUGAUCACCACCUGGCUGAGAGCACCACAGAAACCUUGAGUCAAGAGCGGCCAGUCAAGCGAGGUCCCCACAAUGAGCCAAAUCAGAUCACGACGAAUGCCGGCCUAAAACCAGUGCCCGAAGGAGGUCUCUCUAAUAUACCCAAUUGGUUGAUUAACGGGUGGGUCAAACAUAAAAGAAAGAGACUCAAUGCAAAGAUGGAGGUGCUAGAAAAGCAGUUAAGAGAUGUCGAGGAUAGAUUGAUGGCUAUCGAUAACGAAAUGAACCGAUAUUCCGCGGAGUUAGCGGAAGCGUGGAAUAGGCACAAGGAAUCCUACAAAAGCAAACGUGACCUCAUACUCGCCUAA